GGCUGCGGUGAGUGGGAUCCGCCGUGGGACGCCGGCACCGGGGAAGGGACAUCGGCGGUGCCAGGGGCUGGCAGCCAGGCAGGAUGCGACGCUUCCAGGCUUUGCACCGAUCCUUCCCCUUCCUCACCCGCUUCCGCCUCUACCGAAGGCUGAGCUGUAGCAUGCAGGCAGAGGAGGGCACGGACUGGCUGCUGGAGCUGCUCACCGAGCUGCAGCUGCAGCAGUACUUCCUGCGUAUCCGAGACGAGCUCAACGUCACACGCCUCUCCCACUUCGAGUACGUCAAAAAUGAGGAUCUGGAGAAGAUCGGCAUGGGACGCCCCGGCCAGCGGCGGCUGUGGGAGGCAGUGAAGCGGAGGAAAGCCAUGUGCAAGCGGAAAUCCUGGAUGAGCAAGGUGUUCAGUGGGAAGCGUCCAGAGUCAGAGCUGCCACCCCAGCCCCAGAGUACCUUCCGCAAGCCUCCCACACCACCACCCCCUGAAGCAGGGGGCCAGCACUCCCUCACCUGCCUUGUGCGGGAGCGGGACCUCUCCAUCUUUGAGAAGCUGGGUGACGGCUCCUUCGGUGUCGUGCGUCGCGGCGAGUGGUGCACACCUGCUGGCAAGACGCUGAAUGUGGCAGUGAAGUGCCUCAAGACAGACGUGCUGAGCCAGCCGGAGGCACUGGACGACUUCAUCCGGGAGGUGAAUGCCAUGCACUCCCUGGACCACAGGAACCUCAUCCGCCUGUAUGGCGUGGUGCUCUCCCACCCCAUGAAGAUGGUGACAGAGCUGGCCCCACUGGGCUCCCUCCUGGACCGCCUGCGGAAGAACCAGGGCCAUUUCCUCAUCUCCACCCUGUGCCAGUAUGCCAUCCAAGUGGCCAAGGGCAUGGCCUACCUGGAGUCCAAGCGCUUCAUCCACCGCGACCUGGCUGCCCGCAACAUCCUGCUGGCCUCUAAUGAGCUUGUCAAGAUUGGGGACUUCGGAUUGAUGCGGGCACUGCCCAAAAAUGAUGAUCACUACGUGAUGCAGGAGCAUCGCAAAGUCCCCUUUGCCUGGUGUGCUCCUGAGAGCCUGAAGACACGCACCUUCUCCCAUGCCAGCGACACCUGGAUGUUCGGAGUUACCCUCUGGGAGAUGUUCACCUAUGGUCAGGAGCCUUGGAUUGGCCUCAAUGGCAGCCAGAUCCUGCACAAGAUAGACAAAGAGGGUGAGCGGCUGCCGCGGCCUGAAGACUGUCCCCAGGACAUCUACAAUGUCAUGCUGCAGUGCUGGGCGCACAAGCCCGAGGACCGGCCCACCUUCGUGGCCUUGAGAGACUUCUUGGUGGAGGCUCAGCCCACUGACAUGAGAGCGCUGCAGGACUUUGAGGAACCAGACAAGCUGCACAUCCAGAUGAACGACAUCAUCACAGUCAUUGAGGGCAGGGCCGAGAAUUACUGGUGGCGGGGUCAGAAUAAACGGACCCUAAAAGUGGGCCAAUUUCCCCGAAACACGGUGACCUCGGUGGCAGGGCUGUCAGCCCACGACAUCAGCCAGCCGCUUAAAAACAGCUUCAUCCACACAGGCCAUGGAGACACCAACCCGCAGCACUGCUGGGGGUUUCCCGAUAAAAUUGAUGAGCUGUACCUGGGAAAUCCCAUGGACCCUCCUGAUAUUUUAGGUGUGGACCCGAGUGCUGCCAGACCUACACAGCUUCCAGGGAGGGCUAAAAAGCCUUGCUACGACCCAGUUAGUGAGGAGGAGGAGGGUCUGCCAGGGGGUCUCCGGAAACUCUGCCUGAAGAAGCCAGGCACAGGGAAGGGUCUGCGGCCGGUCAAGCCAUCAGCACGAGUACCGGGUACCAAGGUGGGCGAACGGCAACCCGGACGGCUGGCAAGCGAGGGGCUGGCAAGCAGCGAGGUGACCCUCAUUGACUUUGGGGAGGAAGUGCCCCAGGGUAGCCCCUCUCCAGUGGGGGAGCUGACAGCCCCAUCAUUAGCCAAGCUGGCCAUGGAAGCCUGCUCUUUGCUGGACAAGACCCCACCACAGAGCCCCACACGGGCUCUACCUCGGCCUCUCCACCCCACACCUGUGGUGGAUUGGGAUGCCCGGCCGUUGCCCCCACCGCCUGCCUAUGAUGAUGUGGCACAGGAUGAGGACGAUAUUGAGGUCUGCUCUAUCACCAGCCCCCCAAGCCGGCGGGGCAAGACCAACUAUGGCUUUGUGGAUGAGGGUGAGCGAGGACCAGCACUGGAGGACAACCUGUUCCUGCCCCCCAAGGAGACCAAACAGCCCAGCAUGACACAGACUACCGAGCUCUUCGAGGAGCUGCAGCAGGAGUGCAUGAAGAGGCUCAACGUCCCUCUGGGACCAGCUGUGCCAGCUGACGACAAGCCCCAGAUCCCUCCCCGUGUCCCAAUCCCGCCCCGGCCCCUUCGCCGCAAUGAGCCUGGGCGCUGGUCAGGGGACCUUUCCCCAGCUUCGGGGGGCGAGGAAGACCGGCCACCCCAGAUUCCCCCACGGGACCCACUGUCCCAGCCCACUUCCCGGACACCCAGCCCCAUGGCUCUGCAGGUGGGCUCCCCCCAGCAACGUGCCGCCCUCUGCUCCUGCCUCUCCACCUCACCAGGGAAGCCCAUGCCCACCACACAGAGCUUUGCCCUCGACCCUAAGUACGCCACCCCCAAGGUCAUCCAGGCUCAGGGCAAGGACUGCUCCAAGGGACCCUGCAUCCUGCCCAUCGUGAAAGAUGGGCAAAAGGUCAGCAGCACCCACUACUACCUGCUGCCUGAGCGCCCUGCCUACCUGGACAAGUAUGAGAAGUUUUUCAAGGAGGCUAAAAGCCCUGAGGAGGUGCCAGCAUCCCGCCAGGUCACCACAGCCACCGUCCGUCCCAUGGUGCAGCAGCCAUUGCCAGACUGCAAGGCCAACUUUUCCUCCAACAACAGCAACCCUGGGCCCAAGUGCCUGGUAAAAGCCUCCUGCAGUCUCCAGAAGAUCGUUUACGACGGGCCAGAUGUUUGCCGUCCUGCCGACAAGAUCCGGCUGGUGGUGACAGCAGGGACAGGGCGAGAAGUGUCAGAUCCGGAGCAGGCAUCUCGCCAUGGGGCCGAUCCUGCCACCUCCACCCACACAACCUGCUGCAGGACUCUGGACUGAGCCCCCACUUGAGGGUGGAGACACCCCAAAAGGGACCCUGCCUAGCGCCACAGACCUUCCAGGGUGCUUGUGCCCUGGCCUUGGCAAUGUGCUCCAUUCCCUGGCCCCUUGUUGAAUUGUUUUUGUAAAGAGAAAUGUAAUUUUAAUAUAUAUAUUAUGUAUAUAUAUAAAACUAUUCUAUGGAGAGGAGGAGGGUGCCUAUGGCUGUCUCCCAGGUUUAUCCCUGCCAACACACCGGACAGGCCACAUCUCCAUGGGUGCUGGUUCCUCCCUGCAGACAGCUGGGAUUGACCCUUGGGAUCUCCUUCAUCUGGGAUGAAGCUCAGGAGGGGAUGCACGGACUCUAGGGAUCCCCAGGAAGCUGUGUGACAUGUGCACCUAUAAAAACUCCUGCU